AUGGCCGCAUCGCUGCUUCACCGUGGCGCUGUCGCCAGCCGCCGGCGAUGCCCGUUGGAGAUGCUGCGGCGGCUGGUCUCGUCCGAGGCGGCGCCCGAGCGGGCACCGUCGCGGCCGCCGCCGGAGAUGCCGCCGUUUGACCACCGGCCCCGCCCGUACGCCGGGAUGGGUGGCGCCGAGAUCUUCGAGAAGAGGAAGGCGGUGCUCGGCCCGUCGCUCUUCCACUACUACCAGAAGCCGCUCAACAUUGUGGAGGGGAAGAUGCAGUACCUGUAUGACGAGAACGGGAAGAGAUACCUCGAUUGCUUUGGGGGCAUCGUGACAGUGUCGUGUGGCCAUUGCCAUCCGGAUAUUGUGAAUGCGGUGGUGGAGCAGACCAAGUUGCUCCAGCACACAACCACCAUUUACUUGCAUCAUGCCAUUGUAGAGUUUGCAGAGGCCCUCACCUCCAAAAUGCCUGGCAAUCUCAAGGUUGCGUAUUUCGUGAAUUCUGGGACUGAAGCGAAUGAAUUGGCAAUGUUGAUGGCCCGGCUGUAUAGUGGGAAUCUCAGUAUGGUUGCACUCAGAAAUGCAUAUCAUGGUGGAAGUGCCGGUACGAUUGGAUUGACUGGUUUGCAGACAUGGAAAUACCCAAUUCCUCAGGGUGAAAUACAUCAUGUCAUGAACCCUGAUCCUUAUCGGGGGACUUUCGGGUCUGAUGCUGCAGCUUAUGCUAAGGAAGUUGAAGAACACAUAACUUAUGGAAGUUCAGGAAGGGUUGCAGGCUUCAUUGCAGAAACAUUCCAGGGUGUGGGAGGUGCUGUUGAACUAGCUCCUGGAUACCUAAAGUUAGCUUAUGACAUUGUGCGCAAGGCUGGUGGCGUUUGUAUUGCUGAUGAAGUCCAGAGUGGUUUUGGUCGUACUGGCAGUCAUUACUGGGGAUUCCAGACACAAGGUGUCAUUCCUGACAUAGUCACCAUGGCAAAGGGAAUUGGCAAUGGCCUACCAUUGGGGGCAGUUGUAACAACUCCUGAGAUUGCAAGUGUGUUAGCUCAAAAAAUCCAAUUUAAUACAUUUGGUGGAAAUCCAGUAUGUUCUGCUGGUGGAUUAGCUGUGCUUAAGGUACUUGACAAGGAGAAACGCCAGACACAUUGUGCUGAUGUUGGGGCUCACUUGGUGGAGCGUCUAAAAUCGCUUCAGGAGAAGCACGAAAAUCUCGGGGUACUAGUUGGAAAGGGGGGUCUGCAUGGUAACGUCUUCAGAAUAAAACCACCAAUGUGCUUUUCGAAGGACGAUGCAGACUUCUUGGUGGACUCCAUGGACUACGCAAUGUCAGGGCUCUGA